CUGCGACAUGUUAAAUGCCAAUGAACUUUGAGAGUAAAUUUGCAAACGAGAUGCGUUAUUCCGUAGUAAGUAAAUUAUAAAUGCUAUUUUCGGUUUUCGCAAGACAAAGACACUAUUGAAACUUUUUUUCGGUUUAAUUUUGCAAUUUUUUAUUCUUAAUGUAUUGCUUUCGAUAUUUCGAAUGUUUGACAGUGUUUGUGAUUUCAGUCGUACGUAUGAAAGUAGUUUUUAUUAUGUAUUACAUUACAAAAAAUUAGAAAACAUUUUUAUUUAUUGACUUAUUCAGCAGGGUUUUUUUAUUCGUAAAAAAUUGCAUCUUUUCCUUUCAGAAUGAACUUAAUGUUAACGGAAUUAUUGGGUUCGUGUAAACUGCUUGAUUUGUAUGUACGUCGUGACUCAUUUCAUAAGCUCCUAGAUCAGCUUCUUAGCACUGAGUUCGUGCGCUAUAAGAAGACUCACAGUGCGAUUCUGGCAAAAGCGGUUAAACUUUCGAGGUGUCUGUACUGUGGUCUACUACUGAGCAUUUCCUGCGAUGUUAUCGUACACGUGAUAUUGGUACCGGGUCUACGUAAGUUUGAUACGCUUCCUUUGAAGAUGGACUUCAUAUUCUUUGAUACGAACGACAGGAGCUAUUUCACGUACAUAUAUAUAUUUCAAAUUAUUUACAAGCCGUUAAUGUUGGUUACCUUCUCGGUGAUGCAGACGUUGCCGUGGUCUGCCAUGUCCUUUACUAUCAGUCAAUUGAACGUUUUAAUUUAUAACAUGGAAAAUAUGAAAGAGUUUGUUAAAGCGACUGCUACUGAAAGGGGCUGCGAUGGAAAUGAAGCAUUUAAGGAGCUAUUCAGAGAAUACGUCUUUCAUCAUAGCUGUAUUAUGAGGUUCAUUGAAACAAUACAGGUCACUUUUGGGGGGCAACUGUCAUCGAUGCUGUUUAUUAGCGCUUGUAUUAUUUGUUCAACUGCUGUCCAGAUCUUAGCUAUCGAGUCUCCUUUAGAUAAUUUGACAACCGUCGGCUGGAUAUUGGUAUAUCUGUCUCUUUGUAUUCUUAUACUGUUCGUGGAUUGCUAUUUUGGAAAUACCAUAACGGUUAAGUGUGCGUAUUUACCGACGGCAGUAUUCUCAAUUCCGUGGUUGGAUCAGCCAAAGAAUAUUCAAGUAAGCACUCUACUCUUCAUGGCGAAAACCCAACAACCCGUCCAGCUGAUAGCGGCGAAGCUAGUUCCUGUUUCACUCACUACAUUCACUCAGGUAAUGAACUGGACUUACAAAGGCUUCGCUCUAAUGAAUCAGAUGAAAAAAUGAAAAUUUAUUUGAUCACAUCCAAAUUACUUAGAAGAUCACAGAUUUAACUUAUAGAAGCAUUCGACUUUAGUUAAUAAAAUACGUUGCACAGC